UCUCGCUGGCGGCGGCGGUGGCAGUGGCGGCGGCGGAUUCACGUCUCGACCUCCGAACAACCCUCACAGUCAGCCUGCACCACCACCACCAACACCACCACCACCACCAACAGGCACGGACCAAGCAUGCAUAUAUAGGUUUGGCAAAAUGGUGGCCCCGCGGCAAUGCCUCUGCAAUGAUUGCCGGCGCCUCGCCCUCCGCCUCACCAGCCUUCGGGACACACAACCGCAAAGAGCUCAUGGCCAACGCGGGCAGAUUCCACAACAAGUUAGCCUCUCACUGGGGCCACACCCACAGGCACCCACACGCGGAUACUUCAGCGGCGGCAGCAGCAGCAGCAACAGAAGCAGCAACGCAGGGAGGGGUCGGCCAGGGGUGCAUGGCGGGGCUACACUGCCAAGGUGCAACGAGCUGGAUAGAUGCCCUGCAGCGCAUCCCCCCUUGGCCUGAUGCUGCCACCGCUGCCACCGCCACCACCACCACUUCCACCACCGUCGCACUGCCCACAGCCACCGAUGCUGUUGGUGUGAGGAAGGAUGGCUCGCACCACCGAUCAGAAGUAUUUUUCUCCCAUCGCCAUGUCCAGAUGGCGGGGUUCCUGGGGGACUUUGGCCUAGAGAAUGGGUCCCGGCUGUCGGUGCCGGAGCAGGUUGGGUUGAUGGCUGCCAGCGCUUACCAACCAGAGAACGGGGACUUUGGUCUAAUGCCACCGCCGCCAUCGCUGCUUCAGCAACAUCACCAACACCAGCCACAGCCACAGACUCCACUUGGGAAAAAGGCUCGCACUCCCAAGAAGUCUACAUCUCCCACAGCCACACCCAAAAAGCGAGGCCGUCCUGCUGGCACCACCAAAGCUGCGGGCUUUAGGACAAGCACAGGACGCCCACCUGGCACCACCAAGGCAGCAGGCUACAGAACCAGCACUGGCCGCCCACCUGGAACCACCAAGGCUGCCGGAUACAGGACCAGCCCUGGACGACCUCCUCAUCAUCACUUGCAUGUGAAGGGAUCGCCGGCCCGUGGAGGUGCACAGGGCCCAGUACGGGCAUCUCCUCAACUCAAGGAGCAACACGGAUCGGCGGAAGGGCUGUGGCACGCCAGCUCGGAGGCGGUUGCUGAAGCUGUGAGGGCGGUGACGGCACACGGACAGAGCGGGGAGCUGUCACAAGCGAUGGGGCACCGGUGCUUUGGUUUAGGGGAACAGAGUUAACCCUUUUAACGACAGCACUCUUUUUAAUUUUGAGAAUGAUGCUUCGGGUAAGUGUCCAUUUUGGGGAACAAAAAAAAAUGUUUGGCUGGCAUCUGCAAGAUAUAUAUUGAUUUAAUUUGGAUACAUCUGUGUGUUACUGUAAUAUUUUAAUGAUCUGUUGGGUUGUUGCUUAUCUUUAGGUAAAGAUAUGUCGAUAAAAGGGUUACAAACAGCACAGUUCAAGGUUAUGUUGAGUUUGGCAAUGCCCAAAUAAAAAAAGCAACUCGCAAAUAUUUUCCGAGUUUUCUUUUAAAAACAUUCCAGGUAAACCACUUCUGACAAAUCUUCGUUCAGGGUUUGCCUGAUUAAUGUUUCCUUGGACUGUGCUGGUACAGUAGUUGAACCAAAUAUUAAGUUACUGUAAUAUCAAAAGAAGAUAUGUCCAUAUUUAUACUGCAGAUGUUGAUCCGUGUGGUCUUAUACAAUUGCUAACAUUACACCAAAUGACAUGCAAUAAACGUAGCAAAAUUGUUUCCUUCAACGGUGAAUACGCUUAUAAUGCCAACUGCUGUAUUAUCAAAAUUUAAGUUGCUUAAACUUAUCAGAUACAUAAAUUUGGAUUUUGUAAAACUUUAAUUGCUUUUCAGAUAGUCUAUUAAGUCUAAUGAAUAAUUAAAAAAAUGACCAUAUUAUGCUGUUUAACCGUUAGAUCUGACUUGUGCUUUUUGGUGGUAUUUUAGCCCCAGCUUCCUAUUGUCAGUUGUACAGCUUUGCAGGGCAUAUAAACACUUACCAUGAUUUGAAUAGCUUUUAUUAAUGUCACGUCAAUCGAAAAGGUCAGUCUUUUGGUGUAGCUCUCUUCGUCAUCGUACGUGCUCCUUCACACUUGGUGUGCAGAGUGCAGCCUUCCUACUAGGAUAAUGUUAACCACAUCACCGUUUGAGAAGUGCUUGUAUAAAAACUGCCGUAGUUACCAGUAGAAUGCUCGCAGGCAAUUUGCCACAUUUCUUAGACGUAAAAUGUCCAUUCUAUAUGCUUUUAUCUUUGUGUAUCCAUUGUGGUGUUCUGUAUGCUGUAUUUUGUAGUUGCAAAUCAAAUAUACAAGUGCUUUUUUUCCACGUUUAGUAUAUCUGAAAUCACAUAAUUAACAUGCAGCUGACGGCUACUUGGUCACGAUUCAUGAUUUGCAUUGAUAAUAAUUGUCAUUGGCAUUUCAUAUACAGUAUGUACACAACUAAUUCCACUAGCCAGCAAUUAAUCUCUUGCAGUCACGAAAAACUCAUGUAUACAUUGCAUGCGUUACACAACAUGUUUACGCUUUUAAUAAAACAUGCAGGUAUUUGUUUCCGUAAUUGAAGCAUUUUCCGUUUUUUUUUGCUGUGUGGUGGUACAUUUGGGAGAGCAAUUCACCUGCGGUAUACGAUGAGACGAGUAUAAUUGUAAAUGUGCGAUUGUCAGGAAUGCAUGCUAAAUCCUAUUAGGUCGCUUAUCCCUCUAUUAAAUGCUUGGCAAAGCACGAGUGUAUAUUUUUCGCAUUUCCACUUUAGUGAGCUACGUUGCGUGUACUGGUAUUUUCUUACGUUGUUAAUAAAAAAAAAUCUGCA